AUGUAUGGUGGCUAUGGUGGGUACGGAGGUUACGGUGGAUAUGGAGGCUAUGGUGGAUACGGUAUGCCAUAUGGAGGACCAUUUAUGGGAUAUGGAUACGGUGGUCCCAAUCCGAUGACAAUGAUGGGCGGUGGAAUGUACGGGAAUGGAGCGUGUAUGGAUACGAAUCCACAGUGUUCGGUUUGGGCCAGUACUGGUCAAUGUGCUACAAAUGCGAUGGUAAUGCGGCAGACAUGUGCAUUGUCUUGUGGGACUUGCGCCUCUGGUCUCAGCGGUCUUGGAACGUCUUCAAUCUACUCUCCAUACGGUGGUCUCGGCGGAUUAGACCAGUAUCCGCUGUCACAGUUCAUCGGUAGAUCUAUUUAUGAAACUGGUCUUCUGAACCGGCAACCAGUUCCGAACUCUUCGAAAAAUAUUGGAAUUAUUACAAAAGCAAGGGCUGAGCAACUGCCGAGCAGAUGA